GAGAGAGGGAACUAGAGCCAGAAGUCAGGUUCUGACUAAUAGUGCUGAGUGUGACUGCCAAUGUGUGUGUGUGUGUGUGUGUGUGAGUGAGUGAACGUGUGUGGGGAGGUUUGUUCACUUCGAGGUAAGUCUGCAUGUCAGCUCACUUCCUCUUUUUAAAUGUGGAUUUUGUAGCCACUUUCGCUUCUGUAUUCUCUCCAUGUCUCUACUGCUUUUUUUGAUGGUCAUCACUCCAUCACUCCAUCAUCAUCAUGAUUACUUCUCGGUCUCUUUGCAUGAUCUCUCUCUCUCUCUCUCUCUCUCUCUCUCUCUUUCUGUCUCUCUCACCCUCUUUGUCUCUUUGUUCAUCACUUUAUGGUGUCUCCAUCAUCUCCUCGCAUUUGCAUGAAUGACGUCCUGUAUUUCCUCCAUCACUAAAACAAACGACUGAGACAAAAGAGGAACAGGGCCUCAGCAGAAGAGGGUGGCACGCUAGUAUUACGCACUCCGAGGUCAGUUAUCAGAUUCCCUCGGCGCAUGGAUGAAACCUGGAGGAGCUUUUCAAAUAAGUUUUGGUAAUUAGCAGGCUCAGUCUCUGAACAUUAAGAGGGUGCUGUUACCAUGGCAACUGGCAAGCAAGGCUUUGUGAGAGCUACCGAGCCUCAGCAUUUGGUGUCCGUACAGAGAGAGAAAGAGACGCAUGUUCAGGCCCCACCACCAACUAUGUACAUUCAAGCGGUGUCCGGCCUGCCAUCCUACCCUCAGGCCCAGCCAGCAGCCGUGCAGGAUGCAGCGGUCAUUCCUCUGUCCAUGCCGAUGAUGUAUGCCAACCAGACUCUGCCCUUUCUGACUCUGCAAAUAGCCAGUGGGGUGGGUCUCCAGCAGCAGAGGCCUGAACCUCCAGCAUCUUCUCCAAGACCCAAGUCUGCAGGGAAGCAUGUGUGCCCACAUUGCGGAAGGGACUGCCUGAAACCUAGCGUACUGGAAAAGCACCUGCGCUGCCACACUGGUGAGAGGCCAUAUCCUUGCACCACAUGCGGGAUCUCCUUUAAGACGCAGAGCAACCUCUACAAACACAAGCGCACCCAGGCCCAUGCUCGUCUCUCCAGCGAAUCUGGGAAGGGAACCUUCAGCAGCCAGGAGAGCACUGAGAGCUCAAGGGAGAAUUGCUCUAGUCCCUCAUUGGAAUUACAAAAUGAAGAUUCAUGUGACAUGAACAGGAAUGAUGGUAUUCUUUUGACUGUGGCAACGAGCACAAGUAGUUCAGAAGACGUCAAGACAGGCUCUGAGACAGAGUGGGCUUUAUGCAAAGCUGCAGUGGUUGGAGUUAUUGCUUCACCAGCACAUGGGCAACAAGUAAUUUCACAUACUAUAACCCAGAGGGUAUCACAGUUAUCACCUGAUGCUACACUAAUACAGGCAAAAAGUCCAAAUGGAGAUGGACAUGCUCCACUGACUCCAAAUCGCACUCCUCUUCAGAGGCAGGAGGCGCUCUUCCCUAAGUCUCAAAGCCAUGACAGCACAGACUCAGGCUUCAGUGAAAGCAAUGAACAACACUCGACCUCUAGUCCUGGCACUACUGUACACGAUCCCAGCAUGGAACUGGAAGAACCUGAACCCUCUGAGAAGCCCUCAGAUAUGGGUACUGAUGACAUCAAAAGCAAAGUGUCACUUCACGAGAAACAAAAACUAGAGAAACACAUUUUGAAGCUGAUCUCUGAAAACAGCGUGGUAAUGGACGACAAACACCUGGUGAACAUGCGGCCGAGGAAGACGGUGUUGUCGAAACAGGGCAGCAUCGACCUUCCCAUGCCGUACACUUACAAAGACUCGUUCCAUUUUGAAAUAAGAAGCAGCAAACACCAAGUAACCGGUUCACAAAAGCAAGACAGAAAAGGUAGGGCUUUUUACAGCUCUAUGCCUACACAACAUUCUACCAGCUUGGAACAUGCACCAUUAACCCGGAGCAGUUCUUUACCAUUUAGUGUGGGUGUUCAGAACAGUGACAUGACGGUUUUGCCUUAUGAAGUAGACAACAUUCCUUUGAGCAGGAGGUGUAGUGCAGGAAACGUCUACCCAUUUAAGUCAGUAGAUCAACACACACCCAGCCAUCGUUCACUAGUCAGACAAGUAGCGGUGGAUGGUUUAUCUGCAGUAGAAGGAUCUCCAAUGGAAAGAGGCAGUCUUAAUAGCCUGAGUUCUGAUGGGGACUGCACUGACAUGGCAUCAGAAUUGGCUGUCAAAAGAUGUCGUAGGAAAAAGGCACAAAAGUUUGCCUACAAUAAAUGGUACAUGUAUGGAGGUGGUACAUUCAAGAAGCUUUACAAUGUAGAGAAAGACUCUGUAUUGAAGAGCAGAAAGUCCACACUUUCAAGCCCUGAGCAAACUGAAAGCCAGGGGAUUCAAAUAAGCCAACAGAAAGAUAGCAAUUCAUCUGCAUCUGUAUCUGUGAGCUAUACUUCCUGCUCUGCUCCGAGUCUGUCUCCUGUUGCUAAUGUCCUCACAGCACAGACAUCCAGUCCGGUUCUUUCCUCUUACUUACUUGUACAAAAUACACCACUGAAUCAAUCAACUGGGCAACCGCAGCAAAGUCUGACCAAGCAAAUUAAUGUCCCAAGCUCAGAUUUGAGUACUGUCAUGAAUGCAAUAAAAGGCACAGAAGAAAAAGCCAGAGCGCCAGAAAUACAACUUUCAACUCCAAUACCUUCAGAGAGGAAAAAGCAAAAGACAGACGAACAUCUUUCAGCCCUUGUCGAAAAUACAGAGGGACUGGACAGGGACAAUGGGUUAAGUCUUAACAGGCAAGGCAGUUUCACCAAUCUGUCUUCCUCCUCAAAUCAGAGACACCUCCUUUACAAGAGGCACAGUUCUCCGCUUUUUAUGGCCAACAUGAGCGGGACAUCUGCGUCUCCUUCUGCCUCCUCCAGCAUCUCUUCGGUUUCUCAAGCCAAGACCAGCUUUCUUCCCAAGUACCAGCUGAAGAUUCCUGUUUUGACAGAUGGCACGUCAGAUCCUUGUCUUGGCAAAAGUUCCUCGCUGAAUCCAUCUUCACCCAGACAGAAUGUUAGUCUGAAUCAGCAACCUACAACAACUUCACCAUCCGCAUUACAAACCCAGACAACUAUGGCCGUUAUGUCCAAUGAACAGGAGCAAGGUACUUUGUGUAUAACAGCCACAACAAAGGCAACGUCUAUGACAUCUGUUGUGUACAGUUGCCAGAAUGCUAAUUCCUACACAUCAUCCUACACCACUAUGCCGUCAGUCUCAUUAGCAUCUCCGUUAGCCUUCACAGACCUGAAAGUCACCGUUAGCACAACACAUAGCUCAAUUUCACCACUUACUCAUUCAUCUACAUCAACAUCAACAAAAAACAGCCAGGUCUAUGCUGAAAAUGUGGCACCUGUACAAGACAAUCCUGUUCCAUCUGUAGUGAUUCCAAUGCAAUCACCUGGAGUUACAGCUGCACCGGCACUUAAGAGCGCUACAGAUGGCAUCCCUUUGCAGAUAAACAGCAGUGAGAUCCAGGGAUCUCAGGACACGUUUUACAUGCAAACAGCAGAUCUCCAGAUAGUCAUGCAACUCAUUUCAGAUGAGCAGCUUGCGCUGAUAGAACCACAGAUUGAAACGCAGAACUACAAAACUACUGGAAGUCAUUGUUUUCUCAGCAAAGAUCCAGAAACGUCUGGGACUGCCACAAUCCAGACAGGUGUUACACAGGAAAUACAUAAACAAUGCCCUGGUGAUACAGGAACAAAGCUAGCUGUUGAACAGGGGAAUGUAAACAGUAGUGUGCUCAGCAACAUCCCAGACAUAACACUCAUGUCAUUCGGGUCAGCAGUUACAGAACACAAGGCAAAGAGUACAACAAGUGCUCAAGAUGUUUAUUUAACAAACACCGGUGCUAAAGGGGUUAUUUCAAGGUCACCUUCCAAGUCAGAGCACGACCUUUCAGCUUUACGGGACAGCAGGGCAUUGGGACAACAAUGCAGAUUGUUAAGUUCAACAACUGAGGGGAGUAUGGUUCCAAAAGACUCAGAGAAUGUUGGGUGUGGUAUUAGUGCUAGAGCAUAUCUUAAACAAAAGCCUAGCGAGAAAUCGAGCAAACCUUCAGCAGAUGAAACCACUGCAAAAAAUGAGUCAGAGGUAAGCAAAUCUUCUGUGCAUGACCAGAUCUUGAGAAACUAUUCAUCAACCAUAAUAUGCAGCAUUCAGCAAAGUUGUCAAGACAGCACAAGCAACCAUGGAACGAUUCAUACAACGGUGGCUUCAAGCAACAAUGCAGCAACAUCCUGUGAGGGCAAAUCGAUGCAAGUGAAACUUGCAACUUUUCCAGAAAUAUCUGAAAGAAGCCAGCAGCCUGUGCAAACGACUGUUCAACAGCACAAAUCACUUGUCUUAACAAAAUCUGUCGAAAAACAAACACCUGAAACAAACACAUCAUGCAACCCUGUGACAUCUUCACUUCUGGGUUUACCAAUGACCCCCAUUUCAGCUUCAAACCAAAAUGAACCCAGUUCAUGUCAGGCAUCAGGUGCCUCCUUGGCCACGACAAGAGCGAUCAGCUCACGGAGUGUAUUAGCGUGCCGGGUAGGUCCUCAACAACCUUUAAACCAAACAGGUGCAUGCAGUGGAGACUGGUCAACAGAUGAAGAAAAUCAAACCUUUGCUUCAGGUCAAUCCGGACAACGUUUAGUCCGGUCUAACGCUGAGGAAGUCAAGGCAAUCACAACCAGGACUGCUCAUAUGACCAGUGCUCACUUUGAGUCGCAUGGACCAGUGUCCAACUGUGUUAAAGAGGACAACAUGAAAUGUGCACUGGGUCCUGGUGGACUGCUUCAGGUCAAUCAGGAUUCAUUCACAGGGCCUCCGGUGAGCUGUUCUCUCCAAAGCUUAAAGUUCCAGCGGGAGGCUGGGACAGGGAGACCGAAGUGGAUACCCAUGGAACCGAAGAGUGGAGGAGGAGAAGGAACAGAGUGGGUGGGGACGUGGGACACAAACAGCACAUGGACAAAACAGGACGAGGAUGCCAUGGAAAAUAAAAGAGAGCAGGACACAAAAUGCACCGAAAGUUGCCUCACAGCAGUGAAAUCACAUCCAGACCUUUCCACAUCGCAACAUAUGACUAAUGUCAACACGCCAUUGCCUGAGCCUGUUUCCAUCAGCACACCAGCAACAAUUUGUGGAAUAACCAACCCUUCACUAGAAAACAAGUGUCACCCCAACAAAAAUCAUGUUCGAGAAAACAGUCCCAGUGCUAAUGUGACUCCAAAACAAACCGACCAAAGUAACACAAAAGUGAAGGAGCACGUUCCUCUCGGACAUUGUGAAAGGUUUAUGACGUUAUCCAGAGGAAGAGGUGACGUGAGGCAUCUUUUGGCUCAUCCAAUUUUGGUGAAUGCCAUCCAGAAGGAGGUCCAAAGAGAGACACAAACUGAAAACUCUGCACAGCAAUUGACUCAUUCAGCAAGCGUGCAAGUGCUCAAGCCAUUGCCAGAGCGAGAAACAGAUGGAACAGCACGAAUCAACAUGAACGAACCCAGCAUGAGAUCACAUUGCAACACAGAACGCUGUCAGAUGAUAACAAGCACACCAGAGUACAAACGUCCUUCAUGUUCAAACCAGACCAAUAACUCUUGCAUACAUCCAAAUCCAACAUGCACAUCUAGCAUACACAGUAACCCCACAGAUCCUAAUGCUCCACACACCUACAUGGAGGAGGAGGAGGAGAGGUCCAGCAGCAGCGACGAUGAGGGGAAACUAGUGAUUGAACUUGAAUAAAACUAUACACCGAUGAGACUAUGGUGGCAAAAUGUAUUGCAAAAACAAGUGCAAAAGAUAUUAACAAAUCACAAACAUGACAGUAAAACCAAAAACACACCAGCAUAAACUCAAAACGGAAAUGGGCGGUCCUUGAGUGUCACAUGCUCAUUGCUGAUUGGCUGGAAGAAGAAGAAGACGAAGAGCUGGAUGAUGUUGAGAGUAAGAGGAGAUAAGAAGCUAAAUGAAGUCUGUACAGAGUUUUGUAUGUUCUCAAUAUGUCAGCUUGGGUUUACUUUGGGUUCUCUAGUUUCCUUCCAAAAAUACAUGUAUGUAUGUAUGUAGAUCAGCUGUGCUAUACUGUCCCUAGGUCUGAAUGGAAGUGUGUACGGUGCCUUGACAUCCCAUCUGAGAUGUAUUCCUACCUUGUGGUCCCAUUUACACUUCCAGAUUAAGCCACACCUACUUUAGGUUUAACACCAAGUACCAAUAUGAAGAUACAUUACAUUAAUGGCAUUUAGUAGAUGCUCUUAUCCAGAGUGAUGUACAAUGUACCCAGAGCAGCCAGGGGUCUUGCUUAAGGGCAUUUCAACCAUUCCUGCUGGUCCAGGGAAUCAAACCAGCAACCUUUCGGUCCCAAAGCUGCUUCUCUAACCAUUAGGCCACAACUUCCCCAUGGUAUUACAUUACAACACUAAGGACCAACUCUUUGUGUUUUGAGUUUUUGUGUUCCUCAAUGUACUGUUGUAAUUUUUGUUUUGGUAUUGGGUUUUCCAAUUAGCUGCUGCAUGUUUGGUUUGUAAAUGUAUUUUGCACUUACAGGCCACCUUGUCCCACCAAUGAAACAUCUGGCUGCAUUUUUAUCCAAGCUAACACCAAACCUUUCCAAUGCCCAACGAUAUGUACAACAAACACAAAGGAAUGAAUGUACUUCCUCCAGAAACAAGAUUAAAAUAUUCUCAAGCAGAGAAAACAGGGUGUGACUGUAUGAAGCUGUGUUCUCACAGUCACUGGAGUUCCACAGGGAUACAUCAUCAGGACAAUGAGGAUUUCAGGCACAGGGAGAUUUAACAGACACGAGAUUUCGCCUUUGACGUUGCCACAAUGACUGUAAACACAACGAGUCGUCAUUAUCAUUGUUUCCCGUCUUUCUGCUUUGUUAACAGGCUGCUAUUAAAUGUCAGUCAUUUGUAAGCAAAUUUUUGACUGAUAACUGUAAACCCAAAUUUACCCCCUGCCAUUUAACUAAUAAAAUUAUGAAAUGUUGAAA